GAGGCUGAACAGCACCCAAGGGGAAAUUCGUGUUGGUCCUAGCCAUCAGGCCAAACUUCCAGAUUUGCAACCAUUUCCUUCUCCAGAUGGUGAUACUGUGACCCAGCAUGAGGAACUGGUAUGGAUGCCUGGAGUCAGUGACUGUGACCUCCUCAUGUACUUGAGGGCAGCAAGGAGUAUGGCAGCAUUUGCAGGGAUGUGUGAUGGAGGCUCAACAGAGGAUGGCUGUGUUGCAGCAUCUCGGGACGACACCACUCUUAAUGCACUGAACACACUCCAUGAAAGCAGUUACGAUGCUGGCAAAGCCCUGCAGCGACUGGUGAAGAAGCCUGUGCCCAAGCUGAUCGAGAAAUGCUGGACAGAAGACGAAGUGAAACGCUUCGUUAAAGGACUCAGGCAAUACGGCAAGAACUUCUUCAGAAUUAGAAAAGAGCUGCUUCCCAAUAAGGAAACGGGGGAGUUGAUUACCUUCUAUUACUACUGGAAGAAAACCCCAGAGGCAGCCAGCUCCCGAGCCCACCGCCGGCACCGAAGGCAGGCUGUAUUCAGGAGGAUUAAGACGCGCACUGCAUCCACCCCUGUCAACACACCCUCUAGGCCUCCUUCCAGUGAAUUCUUGGACCUGAGUUCAGCCAGUGAGGAUGACUUUGACAGUGAGGACAGCGAGCAGGAGCUGAAGGGGUACGCCUGCCGUCACUGCUUCACCACCACCUCUAAAGACUGGCACCACGGAGGCCGGGAAAACAUCCUGCUCUGCACUGACUGCCGCAUCCACUUCAAGAAGUACGGGGAGCUUCCACCCAUUGAGAAGCCUGUGGACCCCCCGCCGUUCAUGUUCAAGCCUGUCAAGGAGGAGGACGAUGGGCUCAGUGGCAAGCAUAGCAUGAGGACGCGGCGGAGUCGGGGCUCGGGGCAGAUGUCUACACUACGCAGUGGUCGGAAGAAGCAGCCUGCCAGCCCUGAUGGUCGUGCCUCGCCUAUCAAUGAAGACAUCCGCUCCAGUGGCCGGAACUCCCCUAGUGCCGCCAGCACGUCCAGCAAUGACAGUAAAGCAGAGACAGUGAAGAAGUCAGCCAAGAAGGUGAAGGAGGAGGCUGUAUCCCCUCUGAAGAGUACCAAGCGCCAAAGGGAGAAGGUGGCCUCUGACACAGAGGAGACCGAUAGGACCGCCUCCAAAAAGACGAAGACCCAGGAGAUCAGCCGCCCCAACUCGCCAUCUGAAGGUGAGGGGGAGAGUUCAGACAGCCGCAGUGUCAACGACGAGGGCAGCAGUGACCCGAAAGACAUCGACCAGGACAAUCGCAGCACGUCCCCUAGUAUCCCCAGCCCUCAGGACAAUGAAAGUGACUCGGACUCAUCAGCCCAGCAGCAGAUGCUGCAGGCCCAGCCCCCAGCCUUGCAGGCUCCCAGUGGGGCUGCCCCAACUCCAUCCACAGCCCCUCCAGGAACACCCCAGCUUCCCACCCCAGGACCCACACCUUCUGCCACUGCAGUCCCUACACAGGGCUCCCCUGCAGCCUCACAGCCUCCUAACCAGCCACAGGCUACAGUGGCACCUGCAGCCCACACUCACAUCCAGCAGGCGCCCAACUUGCACCCACCUCGGCUGCCCUCACCUCAUCCUCCACUGCAGCCUCUGACUGCGCCAGCUAACCAGAACUCUGCACCACCUCACACCCAGUCCUCCCUGCAUGGUCAGGGUCCACCUGGCCCUCACAGCCUACAGGCUGGACCCCUGCUGCAGCACCCAGGUCCUCCACAGCCCUUUGGCCUUCCUCCCCAGGCCUCCCAAGGCCAGGCUUCUCUAGGGACCUCUCCAGCAGCAGCGCACCCUCACACUACCCUGCAGCUUCCAGCCUCUCAGUCAACACUGCAACCCCAACAGCCUCCAAGGGAACAGCCCUUGCCUCCUGCACCCUUGGCCAUGCCUCACAUCAAACCCCCACCCACCACACCAAUUCCCCAGCUUCCAGCACCACAGGCCCAUAAACAUCCACCUCACCUCUCGGGGCCCUCGCCCUUCUCCAUGAAUGCCAACCUGCCACCCCCUCCAGCCCUGAAGCCCCUCAGCUCGCUGUCCACACACCAUCCUCCCUCAGCCCACCCUCCACCCCUGCAACUCAUGCCACAGAGCCAGCCCUUGACCACCUCUCCAGCUCAGCCCCCCGGGCUAACCCAGAGCCAAAGCCUGCCUCCUCCUCCUGCUUCCCACCCCCCCACCAGCCUCCACCAGGUGCCCCCUCAGUCCCCUUUCCCCCAGCAUCCUUUUGUGCCUGGAGGCCCUCCUCCCAUCACCCCACCCUCCUGCCCCUCCACCUCCACCCCACCAGCGGGGCCCAGCACCUCCCAGCCACCCUGCUCUGCUGCUGUUUCUUCUGGAAACAACAUCCCAGGGGCACCAUCCUGCCCACUCCCUACUGUGCAGAUCAAAGAGGAGGCUCUGGACGAUGCUGAGGAGCCAGAGAGUCCCCCACCACCUCCCAGAAGCCCGUCCCCUGAGCCCACCGUGGUGGACACCCCCAGCCAUGCUAGCCAGUCUGCCAGGUUCUAUAAGCACCUGGACCGGGGUUACAACUCAUGUGCACGGACUGACCUGUACUUCAUGCCUCUGGCUGGAUCCAAACUAGCCAAGAAGAGGGAGGAGGCCAUUGAGAAAGCCAAGCGGGAGGCAGAACAGAAAGCCCGCGAGGAACGGGAGCGGGAGAAAGAGAAGGAGAAAGAACGAGAACGCGAACGAGAGCGGGAACGGGAGGCAGAGAGAGCUGCGCAGAAAGCAUCUAGUUCAGCUCAUGAAGGCCGCCUUAGUGACCCUCAGCUCAGUGGUCCUGGUCAUAUGCGACCUUCCUUCGAACCACCACCGACUACAAUUGCCGCUGUGCCCCCAUACAUUGGUCCCGACACACCUGCCCUCCGGACACUGAGCGAGUAUGCUCGGCCCCAUGUCAUGUCGCCCACCAACCGCAACCACCCCUUCUACAUGCCCCUUAAUCCCACUGACCCACUGCUGGCCUACCAUAUGCCUGGCCUCUACAACGUUGACCCUACCAUCCGUGAGCGGGAGCUCCGAGAACGCGAGAUCCGGGAGCGUGAGAUCCGGGAGCGUGAGUUACGGGAGAGGAUGAAGCCAGGCUUUGAGGUGAAGCCCCCGGAGCUGGACCCCCUGCACCCAGCCACCAACCCUAUGGAGCAUUUUGCCCGGCACAGCGCCCUCACCAUCCCCCCUGCAGCUGGCCCUCACCCAUUUGCCUCUUUCCACCCGGGUCUGAACCCCCUGGAGCGGGAGAGACUGGCCCUGGCAGGCCCCCAGCUGCGGCCUGAGAUGAGCUACCCAGACAGACUGGCUGCCGAGCGCAUCCAUGCUGAGCGCAUGGCAUCACUGACCAGCGACCCUCUAGCACGACUGCAGAUGUUUAAUGUGACUCCACACCAUCACCAGCACUCACAUAUCCAUUCCCACCUCCACCUCCACCAGCAGGACCCCCUUCACCAAGGUUCAGCGGGCCCAGUUCACCCCCUGGUUGAUCCUUUGACUGCUGGCCCUCACCUGGCUCGCUUCCCCUACCCCCCUGGUACUCUCCCCAACCCUCUGCUUGGACAGCCUCCCCAUGAGCACGAGAUGCUGCGCCACCCAGUUUUCGCGGAGCCUGUUUUGUGCUUGGCAGGCACCCCCUAUCCCCGAGACCUGCCCGGGGCCAUCCCACCCCCCAUGUCAGCAGCCCACCAGCUUCAGGCCAUGCAUGCCCAGUCAGCCGAGCUACAGAGACUGGCCAUGGAGCAGCAGUGGCUGCAUGGACACCCCCACAUGCAUGGUGGCCACCUACCAAGUCAGGAAGAUUAUUACAGUCGACUGAAGAAAGAAGGUGACAAGCAGUUAUAAGUUAUUUAUUAAUGCUGGCUGUGGAAACCCCAGUUCUCGGGGGUCAGAAACAGGACUUUUACAUACAGUAGGAGCUACAGACGCAAAAGGAGUGUGGUCUAAAGACUCUUCCAUGUAUUUAAAGGCCCCACAACUAAAAACGCAUCUGCAUAAUAGUGUUUGUUUGUCGAAAGGAUUUCCUGAGGCUGGUUUGGGUCUCCCUGCAUGACAGUCCCCCAGAAACUUAGUGCGUCCUGGGCUGGACUGAGCACCCAGAAAACUUCCCUGCAGUCUUGGGGUUUGGCUUUAGUCUCUUUUCCUUGAUUUCUCGGUAGGUGCUAGAAUCCGUUCACACCCUUCACUGUGCGUGCAGACACUGACUCACGUGGGCUCCAGAACCCACAAGUUUGCAGAGAGGCGGCGUAUGAGUUUGGAAUCCAAGAGCUAUAAUUUUUAAAAAAUCUUUUAUUUUAAUACAUUGUAGGAAAUCUUCAUAAUUUGAGAAAGUUCUGCAGCAUGGCUUUUUACAUCUGUAAAUAAAUAAUUUUAGAAGUCUUUUUUUUCCUUCCACAAACGACUAUUCUGAUCUAUUUUUUCCAGCCAUGUCACUGAUUGUGAAUUCCUACCAGCUAUUGACAGAAUACAGAGUUGAUUUUUUAAUAAAAAGCUAUAUAUAAUUAUCCCUUUAAUUAAAGGGAGCAGAUAGGCGGUACUGGUUGCAAGCGGACAGGUGCUUGGGACUAGGCUUGGUCACAGUGGUGAGCAUCCAGGGUUGGCAGGGACAGUGUUACAAACUUUAUUUUGCUGCUUUGAUUCCACUUCUGUCUGUCCCUUGCGUGUGCAGUGGCAGGCAUGUUUGAGUGGGCCCCCUCCUUAUUCAUAAGAGUUCAGUGUUGGCUUUCUGUUCCCUAGAGUCACCUUGUCCUGUCUGGUCUAGAGAGUGCAUGUAUAUGUGUCUGGUCAUGAAUUUCCAUGAGCUUUGUGCACAUACAUCUGAUUGUUGGGAUAAAUUGCCUUUUUUUUUUUUUAAGACUGAGAUUUUCAUAAACAUUGUAGAAAAUGAUUCAAUACAGGUAACUCAGCACAUGAAAGACCUAGGACGUACGCUUGCCAAAGGAAUGUUAGAACUGCCCAUGUGCAUGCCAGCAGGCCAAGCCAUCCUUGCCACAGACUGCUUCAGAGUGAGGGGCACUCCAGGCUUACAUGUCUGGCUUGUGGUUUGUUUUCCAAAACAGGCCUGUGCCUGGUGACCCACAAGCUCCUAGGAAGCCAUUUGAAGCCUGCUCUUCCUGGAAGUAGGAACAAGAGCCCUGGCUAAACACAGGUUCCCCUGGAAAACCCUCGCUCAGCAGGAGGUCAUACCCUUUGGGAGCAGAGCAGUCCUGGGCAGAGCUGGCCGCUGCUUCCCCACUGCUGAUGGGAUGGCUCCCUCCAGAGCCAAGGGCAGAGAUGUCUGCCAGGACAGAACCUCGUCCCAUCUCCCUCACUUGUAUGUAGUGGUCACUCUGUGAGCCAGUAGAUAAGGAGUGUCCAGGUCCCAUGGGAGAGAAGUGGCUCAUAGCUGACCUGGCGUUCACACUGCUCCAGGCUCUGACUCGGAUCUGCAGUGGGGCUUCAUGCUCCCAGAACCAGGCUUGGGGCAGCUAAGAUCGAUUUGUCUAUUGAAGAUGUUUGUAGGGUUUCUUUGUUUUAAGUUUCUUUUUCUCUCAUUCCAUUUCUGCCUUAACUUUGGUUUCUCACAGGAGGCAACUUCAAAUUAACCCUUUUCUCAUCCAACUUGCUGGUUGCCUUGGCACAGAGGCAUUUGUUCUGUUGUGGGGAGUAGUGACAUGCCCUCCAGCCCUUGGGGCUUUGAGGAAGGCCUCUUCUGCUGUGAGGGCAGCUCCUUCUUGUCCCACACCACCACCUCCUCCCCGUCCCUUUAACUGAAUCUGCCAUCAGUUAGACCUCGAUCUCCUCUCUAUUACCCAUUUCCAAAGAGAAAGUGUGAAGUACUUUGAAGUCUGUACUUGAAAUCUGUCUGGAAGUGUUUUCUUGUUAGUUUUGGCUUUCUUCUCCUGUCCCAAGGUGAAACACUGAGGUCUUCAUUUCGAACCGUCCCCCAACCAGCUAUGGUUUGUUCAGGAGGCCCCAGACCCUCGCAGCAUCUACACCGAGGCUGCUUGGUUUCCUUUUGCAUUUUCCUUCCUUUCAUUUGAGGUUUGGGUUUGCUUUCUGUGUUCUGUAUGUAUCUUGUUGAGUGUCGAGGUUGAGCUUCCCGUCUCACUGCAGCGGAGUGGAGCGGACAUUCUGAUCGCUGCGUUCCUAUAGAUCUCGGAGCUAAGUGUAUAUAUGAGUAGUUUGCCAUGAGAUAACACAGUGUAAACAGAGUAGACACCCAGAAAUCGUGACUUCUGUGUUCUCUCCAUUUGAGUAUUUUGUAAUUUUUUUGAAAUAUUUGUGGACAUAAAUAAAACCAAGCUACACUACAA